AAACGGACGGCCUACUCGGCCAAUUGACAUGGUCAACAAGGGUCAUCAGCCAGUUUAACCAUCUAAACGCACAAAACACCACUUCCAACCUUGCUCUUGCUCGUGCCCCAAAGAUGGAACACCACCUCGUCCUAUACGUGGCCAUCGUCGCCGUUGCCGCCGCCGUGCUCGGCCCCUGCGCCGAGGGGUACCCAUGGCAAGCUUGCAGCGACAGCUCCUUGGCCCCAGGAAGCAACUACCUUGCCAACAUCAACCUCAUCGCUUCUUUCCUCCCGAAGAACGCCUCGACGUCCCCGUUCCUCUUCGCCACUACCGAGGCCGGCGCCGCCCCGGACAAAGUCUGGGCUCGAGCGCUCUGCCACGGCGACUCCAACUCGUCGUCCUGCUUCAGCUGCCUCACCCAGGCCUUCCGCGACCUGCCCAACGUCUGCGACGACACCAGGGAAGCCACCAUGUACUACAGCUCCUGCAUGCUCCACUACUCCAACGCCUCCAAGGACUACGUGCCGGACAAUACGUUCUGGUACUGGGAGUACACGAAUGUCACCUCCAACACCGGCCAAUUCAACAGUUUGGUGGCCAAGCUUCUGAACGCCACCGCCGACUACGCCGCGUACAAAUCGGCGAGGCGGUUCGCGUCCGGGGAGGCCGACUUCGACCUGGAGUUCCCCAAGCUCUACAGCUGGGCGCAGUGCACGCCUGACCUGACGCCGGCGCGGUGCCGGGACUGCCUCGCCCAGCUCACCAAGUUAUACUUGCCGAUGUUCGCGGACGGUACAGGGGGCAAAGCUCUUCGGGUCACAUGCAGCUUCCGCUACCAGACCUACUCCUUCUUUGAUGGCCCUGCGUUGGUGCGGCUGCCAGGGUCAGCACCAUUACCGAGCACUGGAGCACCAGCGCCAGCGCCAGUCCCCACCGUUGUCAGACCGUCGGCGGCGACAACCACAGGAGGGAGAAAAUACAGCGUUCCUGGCAUGAUUCUUAUAGUUCUGCUGCCUACCAUAGCUGCUAUAAACCUUGUCGCUUGCUUCUUUUUCUGGAGGAGGCGGCAACCACAAGCUAAAGCAGACCAGCCAAAUCCAAGUUAUUUAAGUGCGGCAGAGGUCACUGAAGGUAUAGACUCGAUGUUGAUUGGCAUUUCAACUUUGCGGGCCGCGACGGAGAAUUUCGCAGAGUGCAACAAGCUUGGUGAAGGUGGAUUUGGUGCGGUGUACAAGGGUACUCUGCCAGACGGCAAGGAAAUAGCAGUCAAAAGGCUCUCAAAGAGCUCGAGACAAGGAGUAGAGGAGCUUAAGAAUGAACUCGCUUCUGUUGCAAAGCUUGAGCACAAGAACCUUGUCACACUUCUUGGCGUUUGUUUGGAGCAACAAGAGAGGCUGCUCGUCUACGAGUUCGUUUCUAACGGGAGCCUUGACAACAUCCUUUUCGAAGCUGAGAAAAGUACACAACUGGAUUGGGUAAAGAGGUACCAGAUCAUUAACGGAAUCGCUCAAGGUCUUGAAUAUCUCCAUGAAAACACUGAGCUCAAAGUUGUCCACCGUGAUCUCAAAGCUGCCAACAUUUUGCUUGACAUGGAUAUGAACCCAAAGAUUUCAGACUUCGGAAUCGCAAGAAUCUUCGAGCAAGACCAGACCCAGGGUAUAACAAACCGUGUCGUCGGCACAAACGGGUACAUGGCACCGGAGUAUGUGAUACGUGGGAACUACUCUGUGAAAUCAGACUCAUUCAGCUUCGGCGUCUUGGUCUUGGAGAUCGUUACAGGAAGGAAGAACAACCAUAAAUCCUGGGAAGCUCAAGAUCUUUUGACUGCGGUAUGGGAGCGUUGGACGGCUGGAACAGUGCUGGACAUGAUGGACCGGUGCUUGAACACCAGCGUCUCAAAGAGUGGCGUUCUAAGAUGCAUCCAUGUAGGACUUCUGUGCGUUCAAGAAAACCCUGCUGACCGGCCUCUAAUGUCGUCGGUGGUGGUGAUGCUGGGAAGCGACACCGUAUCUCUCUCUGCCCCAUCAAAACCGGCGUUCUAUGCUAACUAGGGUAUGGUGUGAGACAAGCCUAUUUAGUCACUGUAGAACUGGCUCCAUAUACUCUGUACUCAUUCAGCUGCCAAUUGAUGAUGCGUCGACCCUAAAAUCAUCUCCAUCGCCGCCUCUAAUAGGUCUCCAUCAAUUCCAAUAGAUGACUGUUAUUGGGGGCGCCUGAAGAGCUAGCCCAAUUCAUUUUCGCCUAUUUUCUAAACAUUUUGAUAAUUUUGUAAUAUUGACUAUUUUCUUA